AUGAGUCUCAUUGAUCACGAUCUUCAUCACUUGUUCGGUACCUCGACAAUACAAAGCUACCUACCCUUUGUAACUCACCACGCUGGUCCUCUUCAAUAUCACCACCAGCGACCCAUUCGCACUAUUCUCGUCUGCGUCUGGUCUCUUCCUCACCCUUUUCCGACCUUUCUUACGUGUUUCUUUUCGUGUGCUUGUUUGAUUACGAUCAACUCUGACCGUUCGAGUUUUGAAUCGACUUCCUCUUUCCUUUUGCGUGCUUUCUUUGGUUACGAUCGACUCUGUCCCCGUUCGAGUUUCGAAUUGUUAUCAUCUUCCUCUUUUCCUUUCGGUCUUUCCUUUCUCGACAAUAUUGUUAUCAUUUUUAUCCGGUUCGACAAACAUCUUUAUUAUUCUUAUCGCAAGAAGUAUGUACUUUCAUCACUCUCAUUCCUCCUUCCACCUCUCACCUUGACCAAUUCUAACCUCAAACAACAGGUUUUCGCAGUCCGGAAUGGUGUGGUUGCAGGUGUGAUGAACUGGUUGGGCGGAAACCCACAUCUUCAUGGUCCACCUCUCCACUUACCAUGUCUUCGUCUCCCUCUGUUGAUUCUACCAAACUUUGUUGUUGAUCCUUAUACGAUCUCCCUCGAUGAACCAUACGUCCAGUGCGGAGGUUCUUCGUUCGCAGAGUUGUACGUCCCGGUCGCCGAUGGCACGACAGGAUGCAGCUUCUGA